AUAAAUUCGUGAUUCAAGUUUUUUACCCGAUCAGACCCACCACGUCUGAUAACCAGGAUCUAUACAGCGACCCCGGUCACGGGCGGAAGCUGAAACCCGAGAAAUCCAUCCCGCUUAAACAAUAACUAGCAGAAAAACUCCCUCACUGUGCUAACACUCUCUUCCCUGCAAGUUUAAACCCUAGAAAUCAGCAGCAAAAAUGGAGGAGGAGCCAAAAAACGGCAACUCGGCGACGCCAGUGGAGAACGACGAAGAUGCCGUUAUCGGACCUGGUCCAGCCCCUAAAGCCCGAGCCAAACGUCCUCUCCAGUUCGAGCAAGCUUACCUCGAUUCCCUUCCUUCUGCAAACAUGUACGAGAAAAGCUAUAUGCAUCGAGAUGUGGUUACGCAUGUUGCAAUUUCCGCAGCUGAUUUUUUCAUAACUGGAAGUGUUGAUGGGCAUUUGAAAUUUUGGAAGAAAAAGCCAAUUGGCAUUGAAUUUGCCAAACAUUUUAGAUCCCACCUUGGUCCCAUUGAAGGCCUAGCGGUUAGCUUGGAUGGCCUGCUUUGUUGCACGAUUUCAAAUGAUCAAUCUGUGAAAAUAUAUGAUGUUGUCAAUUAUGACAUGAUGGCCAUGAUCGGCCUUCCAUAUGUUCCUGGUAGUGCAGAAUGGGUCUAUAAACAAGGGGAUGUCAAAGCUCGGCUUGCCAUAAGUGAUCGGAAUUCCUCAUUUGUGCAUAUAUAUGAUGCACGAGCUGGUUCAAAUGAACCAAUAAUCUCAAAAGAGAUACACCUUGAACCAGUUAAAGUUAUGAAGUACAACCCUGUAUUUGACACGGUAGUAUCUGUUGAUGCGAAGGGACUUAUUGAAUACUGGAACCCCUCCACGCUUAAGUUCCCAGAAAGCGAGGUGAAGUUUAGAUUGAAAAGUGAUACUAAUCUAUUUGAAAUUGUGAAGUGUAAAACAAGUGUUUCCACAAUGGAGGUCAGCCCAGAUGGUAAGCAGUUCUCCAUUACAUCACCUGAUCGAAGGAUACGUGUAUUUUGGUUUAGAACGGGUAAACUAAGAAGAGUUUAUGAUGAAUCUCUUGAGGUGGCUCAAGAUCUUCAGAGAAGUGAUGCUCCCAUGUACCGGUUGGAGGCUAUUGAUUUUGGGCGAAGAAUGGCUGUUGAUAAAGAAAUUGAAAAGACAGAAACUGCACCACAACCAAAUGCUAUUUUUGACGAAAGCUCAAACUUCCUCAUAUAUGCCACCCUCCUUGGAAUAAAAGUAGUGAAUUUACAGACCAAUAAAGUUGCCAGAAUUCUUGGAAAGGUGGAGAAUAAUGACAGAUUCUUGCAAAUUGCAUUGUAUCAAGGUGACCGAAGCAGCAAGAAAGUCAGAAAAAUUCCUACAGCUGCAGCAAAUGUCAAUGAGAGCAAAGAGCCUUUAACAGAUCCCACUCUCUUGUGUUGUGCUUUCAAGAAACACAGAAUUUAUCUAUUCAGCCGUCGAGAACCAGAGGAGCCUGAGGAUGCAACUAAGGGACGGGAUGUGUUUAAUGAAAAGCCUCCACCAGAUGAACUUUUGGCUGUAUCAGAUAUAGGAAAAGCAGUGACAACAUCUCUUCCUGACAAUGUGAUUCUGCACACUACUAUGGGAGACGUUCACAUGAAACUGUACCCUGAAGAAUGUCCAAAAACUGUAGAGAAUUUUACAACACACUGCCGAAAUGGCUACUAUGAUAAUCUUAUUUUUCACCGUGUCAUCAAGGGUUUCAUGAUACAAACAGGAGACCCAUUGGGAGAUGGCACUGGUGGGCAGUCUAUUUGGGGAAGGGAAUUUGAGGACGAGUUUCACAAAAGUUUACGACAUGACAGGCCUUUCACGGUAUCAAUGGCAAACGCAGGCCCAAAUACAAAUGGUUCCCAGUUCUUUAUCACCACAGUGGCCACUCCAUGGCUGGACAACAAGCAUACGGUGUUUGGUAGAGUUGCGAAAGGAAUGGAUGUUGUACAGGCUAUUGAGAAGGUGAAGACAGACAGAGGAGACAAGCCAUACCAAGAUGUAAAAAUCCUGAACGUGACUGUCCCCAAGUCUUAGCAGAAUCUUCCUUUUAGUGGUAAAUCUAUCCUGACAUGGUUGUUGGUGCGGCUAAGAAUCAUAUGCCAAAGUUUUGCAUGUUGUCGACAAGACAGCAAGGAAGAUUACCAUUAUCAUUCUACAGCCCGAGAGACGUGCCUCCAAAGAGGUCCUGCACUUCCUUGGUUCUCUUACCCUUGUUAUCUGGGAUGAUGCACGGACAAUUGUUGUAUAUGGCACGAUUCCCAUUUAUCCUUUUUAAACUUUUCUGUAGUGUUUUCACCAAAUCCCAUCGCUUUAAUACCUGUUUUAGAUCAACUCUCAUCGCUUUUCACCAAGUAGAACAUCUUUGAGUUCUAACAUGUUUGGUACCUGGAUUUUGAUAGCUGAUUUUCUUGGUGAUAUCAUGUUACAACAGCCAGGGAAAUUGCGUGCUUUGUUUCUAUUGAUUUCUGCAUGUUUCUUGUUCC